CCAGCACUCCGCGGGGCGCGCUCCUGCACGUGCACUCUAACACAGCAGGCAUCAAAGCCAUUUACGUCAAGCCAGACAGGAAGAAGAAAUCCAAUCUGAUGGCACGAGCCUGCUCCUCCGGUCCACCCGAACUGUCCGGGAGCGACGAGCUGCACUGAGGCCACUUUUAUCCCCGUUUCUGCUGCAUUAACUUCAUCCUGCAAGGUCACCCUCGGAUCUCUCACCAACUGCACGGGGCGCAUGACUCAAUGUUAUUUCUGUCGCCCAUGGAUCCCGUUUCACGCGGAUUUUCUUCGCGUGCACUGAAUUGGAUCGCAUCUUAUGGCAGACAUUUCAGCCAUCGCCCAUCUGAUCCACUGUGAAAGGAAAUAACUCGACGAGAGCUCGGUGAGAUGACAAACCCACAGCGACCAUCCCUGCUCGCCUUAUCGGCACUGCUGCUCUGCACGCUACCCCAGACAGCUGGCUCUCAUCAGCUCAACAGCUCAUCAUUAUCAUCAUCAUCAUUAUCGACGUCCUCAUCAGAGGUGAGAGACAGAAAUAAUGUGACCCAAAAUUGGCUGAAACAGACUAACGUGACUCCCAGCGAUCAGAGCAGGCCACCAUCAAAGCAUGAAGAUGUAACAAGCCACGUGAAGAGCUCCUCGUUCAACACAAGUCGAGGCAAUAGUAAUAAUGAUAAUAAUAAUAAUACUGUGAUAUCUGACAGCCCUGGUAGGGCACCGAGAUGGAGCCCAGAGGACGUGCCAUCACCGGUGUGCGCCUACAGAGUGAUCGAGGGAGGCAUUGGGGGGCAGCUGUGCUUUCGGCACACUCUGUUUGGGUACAAGUGCUCUAAGGGAGAGUGCAGGAGUGCGGUGUCUUUCGGGAGGCUGGUGGCAAAUAUUCUCACCAACGGCAGCGUACUGUUACAGUGGACCCACGAGUCCGAAUCCACAAAGACUAAAGAGGCCAGCAGUCCUGGGACGAAUGCGACAGAGGAGGAAACUCCGCGAUCAGACUCUGUUUUCAGGGGACGACGCCACAGACGCGGGGGCUACGAGGUAAGCUGCUGGUGGAAUGGCAGCUACACUCAAUUUGAGUGCGCCGGUGUCCAUCUUGGGUCGGGCUGCAGGGACUUUCUGCUCACCGAGCUGCACGAGAACAUCCCGUACCGCAUCUGUCUGCGCAACCUGGGCCGCUCCGAGCCAGCCGAGAGGCCGGAGCAGCGGGACUGCGUGGAGUUCACGCUGCCGCCGUCCGGGAUGCAAGACAUUGUGAUCGCCAUGACAACGGUGGGCGGAGCUAUCUGCGUGAUGUUGGUCAUCAUCUGCCUGCUGGUGGCGUACAUCACGGAAAACAUCAUGAGCCCCGCGGCACAGCACACAUACUCCUACCGCGCUCACUCACAUCACUGAUGCACUAAAAUGACCCACAUGAACGCGCACCGCGGUCAUGUGUUAUCUCUGUGGAGACUUGUUUCUGCCCCUGGGGGGAAAAUGAACGGGUUUUUUUUUUUUUUGUAAUCCAUGUAUCAAUAUUUCAAGUUAUUUUCUCAAUUUUGAGUCAGUUUUGCGAAAAUAACCCAAAAUUUUGGCUUUUCAGUGGCAAAAAGAGUUUUCUCAGCUGCUGAAACAAGUUUCCAUAAAUCUCGCAGUCAUAGUUAAUAUCUAUAGUAGUCCUAUUUUCCGUUUUUCCAGUAUGACACACUCAUCCUGUUAUGAUCUAACUGAAGCACAAUCUACUGUGGCUCUGCUAAUAACACGCCUUCUGAACCUUGCGAGGAUGCACUGAACCAAAAUUAGCCUACUGGUUAUCUGCAGUUUGUAAAUACGGCAGUUUACUGUGUCACGUUUCCGUUCAAGGCUGUCUGGGGAUUGAAUCGGGCAGCAUGUCUACAGCAAUACCAAUAAUGAAAUGGCUCUGAGUACAUGAGAAACAAGAGUUUUGCUAAAUGUGCAGCCUGUAAAAGUGUCCUUAAUGGGACACCGAAAAAUGAAACUUUACCAGUUAACACAUUUCUCCACUCGAGUCAGUCACAACAGCACUGUUUUUGCUUUGUUUGUCAUUUUCUGAAGGGCAAUACAAUCUGGUGUACAAUCUCCAAAUACUGUGCCAAACAUCUUCAGUUAAACCACCUUUCUGUCCUGCUGCCAGUGAAUAAAGUACUAUG